CGCCGUCGCCGCGAUGCACUCUGUCGUGCGCGCGUCCGCGCAGGUGGAGGCAUGUAGCAGUACCUGAAGCCCGUGCACGUCGUGGUCGCUUCUUCUUCUUCCUGACGUCGGCUGACCGCGUGGCGGGAGGAGGAAGGAGAAGAGGUGGUAGAGGAGAAAGGAGGAGGCCGUGGAGGGAGCAAGAUAGGAGGACGAGUCUAGAGGACGCUUCCUUCCUUCCAUCUUGAGUGAACCAGCCGCAUCCGCCGCCAUGGCGAGCGACUCCCCCGCGAGGAGUCUGGACGAGAUCGACCUGUCUGCUCUGCGGGACCCAGCGGGCAUCUUUGAGCUGGUUGAACUGGUUGGCAAUGGCACCUAUGGCCAAGUAUACAAGGGUCGCCAUGUCAAGACUGGCCAGCUGGCGGCAAUCAAGGUCAUGGAUGUCACGGGAGAUGAGGAAGAGGAGAUUAAAGCAGAGAUCAACAUGCUGAAGAAGUACAGCCACCACAGAAACAUUGCCACCUACUACGGCGCCUUCAUCAAGAAGAAUCCUCCUGGCAUGGAUGACCAGCUGUGGCUGGUGAUGGAGUUCUGCGGCGCCGGCUCGGUGACGGAUCUCAUCAAGAACACCAAAGGCAGUUCCCUGAAGGAGGAAUGGAUUGCUUACGUCUGCAGGGAGAUCCUCAGGGGUCUCACUCACCUCCACCAGCACAAGGUCAUCCACCGUGACAUCAAGGGUCAAAACGUGCUUCUGACAGAGAACGCCGAAGUCAAGCUAGUGGACUUCGGUGUGAGCGCUCAGCUGGACCGCACGGUGGGCCGCAGGAACACCUUCAUCGGGACGCCAUACUGGAUGGCGCCAGAGGUUAUCGCCUGCGAUGAGAACCCGGACGCCACCUACGACUUCAAGAGCGAUUUGUGGUCGCUGGGCAUAACGGCCAUCGAGAUGGCGGAGGGAGCGCCGCCGCUGUGUGACAUGCAUCCCAUGAGAGCGCUCUUCCUCAUCCCCAGAAAUCCUGCCCCCAGACUCAAGUCAAAGAAGUGGUCCAAAAAGUUCCAGUCGUUUAUCGAGAGUUGCCUGGUGAAGAGUCACAGCCAGCGGCCGAGCACGGAGCAGCUCCUCAAGCAUCCCUUCAUUCGGGACCUGCCCAACGAGCGACAGGUGCGCAUCCAGCUCAAGGACCAUAUCGACCGUACCAAGAAGAGGCGCGGAGAGAGAGAUGAGACGGAGUACGAGUACAGUGGCAGUGAGGAAGAAGAUGAAGAGCGGGAAAUCGGAGAGCCCAGCUCCAUCAUCAAUAUUCCCGGGGAGUCCACUCUCAGGCGAGACUUCCUGCGCCUGCAGUUGGCCAAUAAGGAGCGCUCGGAGCUGAUUCGCCGGCAGCAGCUAGAGCAGCAGCAGAACGAGGAGCACAAGCGCCAACUGCUGGCUGAGAGGCAGAAGCGCAUCGAGGAGCAGAAGGAGCAAAGGCGACGUCUGGAGGAGCAACAACGUCGCGAGCGUGAUAUGCGCAAGCAGCAAGAGCGUGAGCAAAGGAGGCGGUACGAGGAGAUGGAGCAGAUUCGCAGAGAAGAGGAGAGGCGGCACGCCGAGCGGGAGCAGGAGUACAUCCGUAGACAGCUGGAGGAAGAGCAGAGGCAGUUGGAGAUCCUGCAGCAGCAGCUCCUGCAGGAGCAGGCCUUACUGCUGGAGUACAAGCGCAAGCAGAUUGAGGAGCAGCGUCAGGCCGAGCGUCUGCAGAGGCAGCUGCAGCAGGAGCGAGCCUACCUGGUGUCUCUGCAGCAGCAGCAGGACCCGCAGCAGCGCCCUCUACAGGACAAGAAGCAGCUCUACCACUACAAGGACCAGGCGCCAGGGGCCGCCAAUGACAAACCUACUUGGGCUAAGGAGGUGAUGCGGCGAGCUCAGAGCAACUCCCCUCGCAUCCCCCCCAAGAGGUACCACUCCUUUAGGCAUGUGCGAGACGCCCAGCUGGACCCUCUUCUCUUAUUGCCUGGUUACAAGCCGUGCCGCCGCCGCCGUCCUCCCUCCUACCCUGCCCACGACAGCCCCUCCAGGGAUCACGUCCACGUGCCGCGCAUCCGGAUCACCUGCGUCCCCGACGCUCGAGGCCGGAGUCCCGACCGCCGGCAUAAAGUCUCCAACCGGAUCUCGGACCCGUCGCUGCCCCCGCGCUCCGAGUCCUUCAGCAGCGGCGGCAUCCAGCAAGCCAGGACCCCGCCCAUGCACCGCUCCGUCGAACCGCAGAUGGCCCACUUGGUGCAGGUGAAGAGUCCGGGCCUGUCCGGUUCUCAGUCCCUGUACGACCCCCACGGGGUGUCGUCUUCGUCCUCCGCCCUGUCGCCCUCCCCUUCGCGCCCUCCCAUGCCCCGGCAGAACUCGGACCCCACCUCUGACACCCCUCCUCCCCUGCCUCUCGCACGUCUGGCACCCCCUCUCGACAAGCUGGAUCGCAGCUCCUGGCUGCGGCAGGACGACGACAUGCCCCCCAAGGUUCCUCAACGGACCACAUCCAUCUCUCCGGCCCUGGUCAGGAAGAACUCUCCAGGAAACGGGCCGGGACUCGGACCGCGGGCUGGAGCUCACCUUAUACGGGCCAGCAACCCUGACCUGCGGAGGACUGACAUUUCCAUGGAUACACCCUUCAAGAGGACAAGCAGCGGAAGUUCCUCCAGUUCCAGCACCCCCAGCUCGCAAGGGGGAUCCAACGAGCGAGCAAACGCAGCCAUGAAGCCUGAAGGCUCCACGAUGGCGUCUGACGACAGCAGAGACGUGUCCAGACCCAGUCGGCCUGCGGACCUGACGGCGUUGGCCAAAGAGUUGCGAGAGCUGCGCCAGGGCGAAGAAACCAGCCGGCCGCCCGUCAAAGUCACCGACUACUCUUCGUCCAGCGAGGAGUCGCACAGCAGUGAGGACGAGGAAGGCGAUGGAGAAGGAGGGGCCAACGACGGGACGGUCGCCGUUAGCGACAUCCCGCGCAUCAUGCCUGCCGCCAGCCAAGGAGCCAAUGAGUCGCUGGGCAUGAUGGGAGGACACGACUUGCACGGCGACGCAUACGGAAACAACUCUCGGGACGGCACUCUGAUGAUGCGCGAGAAGCGUGGCGAGCGGCGGCGGAGCUCCACCGCCAGCAAUGGCGUCUUCGGCAUCGCUAAUUUGUUUGCCGACGCCUCAAAUCUGCCCGAUUUGGUGCAGCAAAGUUCCUCCCCCCUCGUUGCCCCUGACGACGCUUCUGGGGCAAAAUACGGGAUGGGAGGAGGAGGCGGCAGCGGAGGCUCCAAGGCCUCCUUCACGCCAUUUGUGGAUCCCAGGGUGUACGGGACAUCCCCGACAGAUGACGAGGACAACAUCUCGGCUUCGGCCAUGUUUGCAGAUGAGCUGCUGAAGCAGGAGCAGGCACGGCUCAACGAGGCCCGCAAGAUCUCCGUGGUCAACGUGAACCCCACCAAUAUACGACCGCACAGCGACACGCCAGAGAUUCGCAAGUACAAGAAACGCUUCAACUCCGAGAUCCUGUGCGCUGCCCUUUGGGGCGUAAAUCUGCUGGUGGGAACUGAGAACGGCCUAAUGCUCCUGGACCGUAGUGGGCAGGGCAAAGUGUACAACCUCAUCAACCGCAGACGCUUCCAGCAGAUGGAUGUCCUGGAAGGUCUCAACGUCCUGGUCACCAUUUCAGGCAAGAAGAACAAGUUGCGCGUUUACUACCUGUCCUGGUUGAGGAACCGGAUACUCCACAACGACCCCGAGGUGGAGAAGAAGCAAGGCUGGAUCACCGUAGGGGAUCUGGAGGGCUGCGUGCACUACAAAGUCGUGAAGUAUGAGAGGAUCAAAUUCUUGGUGAUCGCCUUGAAGAACGCUGUGGAGAUCUACGCCUGGGCUCCCAAACCUUACCACAAGUUCAUGGCCUUCAAGUCUUUCACCGAGCUGCAACACCGCCCCCUGCUAGUGGACUUAACUGUGGAGGAGGGUCAGAGGUUAAAGGUCAUCUACGGCUCCAACGCAGGCUUCCACGUUGUGGAUGUGGACUCUGGAAACCCCUACGAUAUCUACAUACCCUCGCAUAUUCAAGGUCAGGUGACGCCGCACGCCAUCGUGGUCCUCCCCAAGACAGAUGGCAUGGAGAUGCUGCUGUGCUACGAGGACGAGGGCGUUUACGUCAACACCUACGGCCGCAUCACUAAAGACGUGGUGCUGCAGUGGGGGGAGAUGCCCACCUCGGUUGCCUACAUCCACUCCAACCAGAUUAUGGGAUGGGGAGAGAAGGCCAUCGAGAUCCGCUCGGUGGAAACGGGACACCUGGACGGCGUCUUCAUGCACAAGCGGGCGCAGCGCUUGAAGUUCUUGUCCGAGAGGAAUGACAAGGUGUUCUUUGCAUCCGUCCGUUCAGGAGGCAGCAGCCAAGUGUUCUUCAUGACCCUCAACAGAAGCUCCAUGAUGAACUGGUAACCCCGACUGCACUAGCAACAUGGCCGCCGUGCUUCGGGGAGUGAGGACGGACCCUUCAGGGUCCAGUGGAGCUCGGCGAGGCCUUUGCGGCGCUCAUUCCUUGAGAGGUGGCCGACGUGACGGCGGGCAAGUAGCCUCGGAUCUCCCCAUGCGGGUGACUACGGACGGUUUGUAGCACACCACUUGUUCUUUGCGGGACCACUUCCUGGAUCUGCUCCAGUCUAGCGACGUCUUUUAACCCCACCGCUGGUAUUGCGCCAGGAACCAAAUGAAACAGUUUUACUCCCAAAUGGUUGCAUCGCCCCGCCCGUUGGUUUCCAAAAUAACUCUUUGUCUGGUAAUGGCUCAUAAACGUGCUGUGAAAGAUUUGUAGUUAAAAAUAAAAAUAUUGUAAAAGGCAAAAGAGAAAAAACAACUUGAUUUGUUUAAUAAGAAUGAAAUUGAGAAUUUUUUUUUAUUUGAUUUUGUGUCUGAAAUUGAUCAAGCAACAAGUUGAACAUUUUAAAUGCGAUAAUCUUUAAUCAAGCCUCCCACUGUACUCCAUUAAAUCUGACUUUAAUUGGGUGAGUUUUAUUUUUAAUAUAUAUAUAUAUAUAUAUAUAUAUAUAUAUAUAUAUAUAUAUAUAUAUAUAUAAAAGGGUUUCUUGUCACUAUUCAUCACUCGCAUGUUCAAAUUGUUUUCUCUCUUUUUCCUCCAAAAGUGUUGUUCUCUCAGUUUAUUCCCACGCGACCAACCACAAAUAUUACUGACGUAAAGAUGUCGUCUUUCUCCUCGCUAUUAGCGGACGCCAAUACAACCACAGCGAGUAGUUUUUGAGGUACAUUCAAUGAACUUUUUUAUUGUAAUAAAAAAAAAAAGAAAAGUGACGCUGCUAACAGAAUUGAUAAACCCCUAUUCUCCAUCCUACGAUGUAAAUAUUCUCACUGUUUAGGACACGGCACGCUACCUAGCACAUCUGCACACAUUCCAGUUUUUGCACAACAUUGUUCAUCUCAUCUCACCGGGUAUGUCGGGAAUCCCUCCCAAGCUACGUUUUCUCCUCAAUCCAUUGAGAGUUAAAGCACUACAUCGAUGCUAUUUAGUGGUAGCAUUAAGCUAGCGAACGGAAAGGCUAAGCUAAGAGGUUGUUAACUUUUGUUUUAUGUUUUAGUAGGGAAUGCCGCAUAAUUGCUGAGCAGACUAUCUCGGGCCACACCAUAACAAAAAAAAAAAUCACAGAGCCUUUUUUUUUUUUUAAGACACCAAUUGUGAUGUCAUAGAAUCACAAUGCGAAGGAAAGGUAGACUAACAGGAACUCAAAGUUCACAGUCAAGACUUGAAACUUGCAGUUUGCCAUCUCAUCCACAGUGGCGUGCAAAGCACCCGAGAUGCCCAGCCAACCGCCCCCCCGACCUCCCUCCUUUGCACACCAUUGUUUGGCAACGUGCUAAAUUAACUUCUGGAGCUCUGCUGAACUGAAGAAUCUGAUUUUUGAGCACAUUGGAUCAUUUCACUGGACCUCUGUUGCUUAACGAACAUAUGGUGCACCGAAACCGGGGCAGUGAGUGUAGUAGUGCUGCCGACGUCAGCGUCCUUGAAAGCACCACUGCUCCGAUGUCACUCACUCAGGAAACUCCACAUGCAUUCUUGGCUACCGAGCAAAAUACUUGGAAGAUCCAGCUGAGCAUUUAUUCCAUAACUAAUGAAUGACCUUGGAUGUGGUAUAAACGUUCAAACGGCUCUCCAUAAAAAUGUACCUGUAAACAUUGUAACAAUGAACAAAGUCAUACACGUCACAUGAUUUAUUCAUUGGUGUUCCAAUGAAUUUGUGAUUUUUUUUUUUUUAAUUUUUUUGGGAAGGGAUAAGUUUUACUCCCAUUUUACAAAGAGCUGUGGCCCCGCCCCCUUCCCCAUGAGCACAAACUGGAUGUUUAUAUUUUUCAGCAUUUGUUUUUGUGCGCUUGUGUUAAGCCUUCAAGAGGCUCACGGUUUACUUAACAUUGUUUUUCUCAAAUGAACGUAUGUGAAAGGUGGAAGCAAGACAACAUGGGCCACCUGAAGCCUUUUCCAUUAUGUUUAAGAAGUUCACUUUUGUGGACUCUGCGCUCUCUCUGUCUCCCUAUAUAUAUAUACAUAUAUAUAUAUAUAUAUAUAUAUAUACAUAUAUAUAUAUAUAUAUAUAAUUACACUGUAUAUCUUAUUUUUGAGUUCUAGAGAAAGACAAAAAAAAUGUUGAUCAAGGCUUAGGUGUCUUUCUACAGAUUAGAAAACAGCUGGAACACUUUCUAAACAAAAACAAUUCAACAGUUUUUAUUGUGAUAUUUGUAUUUCAAUUUUUGUAUCAAGACUGUGAACAGCUGUGACUGUGCGUGUGUGAGCACAGAUGAGUGACAUGCAUGUGAGUGUGUUUUCACGUCAUCUGGAUCACCGGAAUCGAACGACGACCUCAAUUUAAGGACACGCAUCUGUGAUGUUAGAAUUCUACAAUAAACGUCCUCUUAUUGUACAGCA